CGUGUUUCUCACUUUGUGUUCAACAUUCAAUGGUUUCGGUUUGAUACAAAAAAAUUGAUUUUUUUUUGUUAUUCAACAAUUUUAGUUUUAAAUUUCAAAGUUUUCCAAGUUAAAAAUAUCUACGGCAAAAAUGGAAGUUGAUGAAGAUGAUAUUGAACAGCCAAGCAGCAGCGACAACAAGGCAACCAAAAAGCGUUUCGAAGUAAAAAAGUGGAGUGCCGUUGCAUUGUGGGCCUGGGACAUUGUCGUUGAUAAUUGUGCCAUUUGCCGAAAUCACAUCAUGGACUUAUGUAUCGAAUGUCAAGCAAAUCAGGCGUCGGUUACAAGUGAAGAAUGCACAGUUGCUUGGGGUGUUUGUAAUCAUGCAUUCCAUUUCCACUGCAUUUCACGUUGGUUGAAGACACGUCAAGUGUGCCCAUUAGACAAUCGAGAGUGGGAAUUCCAAAAAUACGGUCACUAGAGCAACAACGACGACACGGCUACCAUUUUUUUUUCAUGUGUUUUAUCAACAACAAAAACACUCUCAAUGCAACACCUCAAAUUGAGAAAAUUAUGAAAAAAUUAAGAUAAAAUUAUAAG